GGCAGCGUGGGUGCCAAUGGGCAGUCCCUGGAGGAUACAGAGUGAACACCUAGGAGCAGCUGUUCCCCCGCACUGCUGCUCUAUGCUUAAGAAUAAGCAUGACCGGGCCGGGCACGGUGGUUCACACCUGUAAUCCCAGCACUUUGGGAAGCAGAGGCAGGUGGAUCACUUGACAUCAGGAGUUCAAGAACAUCCUGGCCAACAUGGUGAAAUCCCGCCUCUACUAAAAAUACAAAAGUUAGUCGGGCGUGGUGAUACAUGCCUGUAAUCCCAGCUACUCGGGAAGCUGAGGCAUGAGAAUCGCUUGAACUUGGGAGGCAGAGGUUGCAGUGAGCCCAGAUCAUGCCCCUGCAUGGGUGACAGAUCACCUGGGCAUGGUAGAACACUGUCAGCCAAGGAGUGUGUGUUGAUUUCUGCCAUUAAAUGCCGACAUCUGGGCAUGUGACCCAGCAGGCAGUGGGGCGUUGGGUCAGCUGACAGUGAUGGCAGGGGAGGGACCGGGUCUUAGAAUCUGUCUGGGCCUCAGUGUGCUGUUCAUCGGUAGAGCGUGAGUGGCUACAAUUCUUGCUUCAGGGGUUGCUCAGUGAAUAUUAAAUGAGUAGAUGCCGGGCCUAUAAUCCCAGCACUUUGGGAGGCCCGAGGCAGGUGAAACCCCAUCUCUACUAAAAAUACAAAAAUGAGCUGGGCAUGGUGCUGGAUGCCUGUAAUCCCAGCUACUGGGAAGGCUGAGGUGGGAGGAUCAAUUGAACCCAAGAGGCGGAGGUUGCAGUGAGCUGAAAUCAUGCUGGAGGGAGCUGCACUCCAGCUCGUGUGACAGAGCAAGACCCUGUCUCAAAAAUAAAUGAGGAAAUGCCAGGAAAUGCGAAAACAAUGCUGGGCUCAGGUCCUCUCCUCCAAACAUGCGAGCACUGCUGUUCAUCAGGUGCUGAGCAGGUGCCAGGCUCUGUGCGGGGGUCUGGGCACCAUCCUGAGCAUGGACAGAAGCCACCCUGCCCUUCAAAUCGCAGAGGUACCCUUGCCUGGCUCUGUUUUAUCAUGGUCUGUGUUGGUGCCUGGCACCAUCACCCCCCACCCCCCAACUCAUGGCCUAGAAGUUCGGCCCCAGGAAAUAAGAGCUUUUAUUUACUCUGUCACACCACGUCCCAGCAUCAGAAAUGGUGCCUGGCAGCUGCUCAGUAAAUAUUGUUUGAAUGAAGCUUUAUAUGUUGGAGAGGGCAGUUUAGACCUCAAACAGGAAAUUGCAGGUAGUUAGAAAUGCUUUGAAGAAAAUAAAGCAGGGUCACGUGAUAGAAGAGGUCAUAUGUUACCCAAGAUGUUCAUGGGAGGGGGACUCAGCAGGUGACCCUGGAACUGAAAUUCCAGCCAUAAGAAAGAAGGUGACUUUCUAGGCCUGGGGAGCUGUGGUGCUGGCAGUGGGGGUAUUGAGGCAGGCCUGUGGGAGGCAGGGGCAGCAUGAGCUGAGGUGAGAGGGUGGGGGGACCUCACAGUCCAGGGGGAGACUUUGGGCUUUGUUCUGACAGCGGGGGAGCUGCCUGUGGAUUUUGAUCCCACAUCUUUGAGCACUCACCCAACUGCGAUGUGGACUGUGGGGCUGAGGUUGGGUGUGGGGGACCUGCGAGUUUGGUCAGCCUAGAGAGGUGAUGCCCCUGGUGGAAAGCAAAAGGUUUUAGGGGCCGUGUGGAUUUUUUUUUUUUUCUUUUUAAAUCGGCUCUUGCUCUGUUCCCCGGGCUGGAGUGCAGUGCUGUGAUCACCACUCACUACAGCAUUGACCUCCUGGGCUCAAGCGAUCUUCCUGCCUCAGCCUCCUAAGUAGCUGGGACUACAGGUACAUGCGACCACACCCAGCUAGUUCCCCCACCUCCCCCCACCCAAGACGGAGUCUCGCUCUGUCGCCCAGGCUGGAGUGCAAUGGUACGAUCUUGGCUCACUGCAACCUCCACCUCCUGGGUCCAAGUGAUUCUCCCACCUCAGCCUCCUGAAUAGCUGGGAUUACAGGCACCCACCAUCAUGUCCAGCUAAUUUUUGUAUUUUUGUAGAGACGAAGUUUCACCAUAUUGGCCAGGCUGGUUUUGAACUCCUGACCUCAAGUGAUCCUCCUGCCUUGGCCUCCCAAAGUGUUGGGAUUACAGGGGUGAGCCACCGCACCCAGCCCCAGCUAGUUUUUGUUUGUUUGUAUUUUGAGAUGGAGUCUCGCUCUGUCGCCCAGGCCAGAGUGCAGUGACAUGAUCUCAGCUCACUGCAAACUCUGCCUCCCGGGUUUAAGUGAUUCUCCUGCCUCAGCUUCCCAAGUAGCUGGGACUACAGGGGUGUGCCAGCAUGCCCAGCUAAUUUUUUUUUUUUUUUUUUGUAUUUUUAGUAGAGACGGGGUUUCACCAUGUUAGCCAGGAUGGUCUCGAUUUCCUGAUGUCGUGAUCCACCCACCUCAGCUUCCUGAAGUGCUGGGAUUACAAGUGUGAGCCACCACAGCUGGCCUUUUUCUUUUUUUUGAGAUGGAGUUUUGCUGUUGUUGCCCAGGCUGGAAUGCAAUGGCGCGAUCUCGGCUCACCACAACCUCCACCUUCCAGGUUCAAGCGAUUCCCCUGCCUCAGCCUGCUGAGUAGCUGGGAUUACAGGCAUGAACCACCACGCCCGGCUAUUUUAGUAGAGGCAGGUCUCCAUGUUGGUCAGGCUGGUCUCAAGCCCCCGACCUCGGGUGAUCCAUCUGCCUUGGCCUCCCAAAGUGCUGGGAUUACAGGCCUGAGCCAUGGCGCCCAGCCUAGUUUAAAAAAAAAAAAAAAAGUUUGUAAGGUUGGGUGCGGUGGCUCACGCCUGUAAUCCCAGCACUUUGGGAGGCCGAGGCAGGUGGAUCACGAGGUCAGAAGAUUGAGACCAUCCUGGCUAACACGGUGAAACCCCGUCUCUACUAAAAAUAGAAAAAAUCAGCCGGGCGACGUGGCGGGCGCCUGUAGUCCCAGCUACUCAGGAGGCUGAGGCAGGAGAAUGGCGUGAACCCGGGAGGCAGAGCUUGCGGUGAGCGGAGAUCGUGCCACUGCACUCCAGCCUGGGCGACAGAGCAAGACUCCGUCUCAAAAAAAAAAAAAAAGAAUUUCUGUUAGUUACUGGUUUCUUUAACUGUUUGGGACUUAGUUUCUUUUUUUAUCUUUUUUGAGAAAAAAUCUCACUCUGUUGCCCAGGCUGGAGUGCAGUGGUGCAAUCACAGCUCAUUGCAGUCUUGACCUCCCAGGCUUAGGUGAUCCUCCCACUUCAGCCUCCUGGGUAGCUGGGACAACAGGCAUGUGCCACUAUACCCAGCUAAUUAUUUGUAUUUUUUAUGGAGGUGGGGUUUUGCCGUGAUGCCCAGGCUGGUCUCAAACUUCUGGGCUCAAGCCAUCCACCUGCCUCAACCUCCCAAAGUGCUGGGAUUCCAGGUGUGUGCCACUACAUCCAGCCUAGGGCCCAGCUUCAAAAGGAGGUGCUCCCUCAGUUUGGGGCCAGCUAGGCCCGCUGGGACAGCAGGACCCAGAACCCAGGUCUGCUGUUGUCCUCAAGCCCUGGACUCCAGCCCCCCGACCACAGCCAGUUUCUGGCCAGGCUGCUCAUGAAAGGCCAUGGGCCUGGCUGGAACCUGCUGCCUUAGAGCCACGCCUCUUCCCGGGGGAGGGGCGUUUGCCCGUUGCCAGGUGCCCGGGUUCCGGCCCUGGCACUAGCGGCGGCCAUGCUGCAUGUGCUGGCCUCGCUGCCUUUGCUGCUCCUGCUGGUGACGUCUGCCUCCACCCACGCCUGGUCGAGACCCCUCUGGUACCAGGUGGGGCUGGACUUGCAGCCCUGGGGGUGUCAGCCAAAGAGUGUGGAGGGCUGUAGGGGUGGCCUGAGCUGUCCUGGCUACUGGCUGGGCCCUGGAGCAAGCCGCAUCUACCCCGUGGCUGCGGUCAUGAUCACCACCACGAUGCUGAUGAUCUGCCGCAAGAUACUGCAGGGGCGGCGGCGCUCACAGGCCACCAAGGGUGAGCAUCCGCAGGUGACCACUGAGCCCUGCAGACCCUGGAAACGGCGGGCCCCAAUCUCAGACCACACCCUGCUCCGUGGGGUCCUGCACAUGCUGGAUGCCCUCUUGGUCCACAUCGAAGGCCACCUACGUCAUCUAGCCACCCAGCGGCAAAUCCAAAUAAAGGGGACUUCCACCCAGAGUGGGUGACCGAA